AUGCAGGAACUGAAGUUUCGACGAAAAUCCUCAACCUGCCCUGUGCCAAACUCCAAUGGAUUAUCUGUGCUUCACCGCGGCCUCGCAGCCCCACUACCAGUUCCUGGGUCUCCACCAACACCCGCCCACACCGGAUCCGUGAACUCAGAUGACUCUAGCAACUCUCCACCCGUGUGGCCCCAAUCACAGUCCUUCCUGUUACCCAAGCAGGAUGUGUUCGAGUUCCAGCACUUCGAAGCAUCUACCCAGCACUACCCCAUCAGAGUCAAGCCGCCGGCCCCGCUCUUGCUCCCGCAGCCAUCGAUCAGCAACUCGAACCACAACUAUGCGAUGAGUGAUGGGAACCAGAAUAAUGCUUCCGACCGGAGGGGGAGCAAUAGUUCUAACAAUGACAACAUGACGCCAGGGUCCCGGCGGAAGGCUCAGAAUCGAGUAGCACAACGAGCCUUCCGCGGACAUAGGAACAGUACGUUAAAGACCUCGAAGCUAAGAUCGCCGCCCUUGCAAAAGGACUCCGACUCCGUAUUCGAAGGUAACGAGCGCAUUAAGUUGCAGUUGCAAAAAAUAACCAUCGAGAACACGAUUCUAAAGGAGAGAGCUGCACAUUGGCACCGUGGAGGUUCAAAGCCGCUACCCAUGCUGCACGCGCACGAGAACAAGACGCUGAGCCAUAGGAUUGUGACUUCUAAUGCCAGGGAGCGGUUGCUGGCUCCCAGUGCGGCGUGGGACUGCAUUUUUACGCAUCCGCUAUCUACACGCGGACGGGUAAAUAUUGGGGACAUGAGCGAGAGGUUGAAGAGGGUUGCUAGGUGCGAUAGACAAUGGCCGAUCAUUACGAGCGGGAGUGACAAGCUGUUGUAA